UCUGCAUGUGCACAGGAACACCCAUUUGGCCUCCUAGUGUUAAAAUAAAGGCUCAGACAAGUCGGAUGUGCCAGCCAGGCGGGGGAAGUCCACCUUUCCCCCUCACCUAGCGCGGAGGUUCGCAGACGCCAGGCUGGGAAGGAGCCCUUGUGGCUCCUUGCUUCCUUCCCCCAACCUCUUAGACGCGGGGACGCUGAUUAGCUGCAGCUGGGGUCUAGUUAGCCCGGCCUUUGAAAUCGAUCAAUGGGUUCCUUCUCGAGGAAUGCUCCCCCCUAACUGCGGAGGAGGGGGUGGUGGCUGUGGUGGCCUUCUCCAACAUGGGCGUCCUGGUUCUGACCGCCUAAGAGAAGGUUUUACGAGUGCAUAAAUAAUGUGCACUGCUCUGAGCCCAAAAGUGCGCAGUGGACCCGGCCUAUCUGAUAUGCAUCAGUAUAGCCAGUGGCUGGCCAGCAGACAUGAAGCUAAUUUGCUACCGAUGAAAGAAGAUCUGGCCUUGUGGUUAACCAAUCUAUUAGGGAAGGAGAUUACAGCAGAAACUUUUAUGGAAAAAUUGGAUAAUGGUGCCUUGCUCUGUCAACUUGCAGAAACCGUUCAGGAGAAAUUCAGAGAGGGCAUGGAUGUUAACAAGCCUCCAAAGAAUCUGCCCUUGAAGAAGAUUCCGUGCAAAGCCACUGCACCCUCAGGCUCCUUUUUUGCCAGAGACAAUACAGCAAAUUUCUUAUCCUGGUGCCGAGAUUUAGGGGUAGAUGAAACGUGUCUAUUUGAAUCGGAAGGUUUGGUCCUCCACAAGCAACCCAGAGAAGUGUGUCUCUGUUUGCUGGAGCUUGGCCGGAUUGCAGCCAGGUAUGGUGUGGAACCUCCUGGUUUGAUAAAAUUGGAAAAAGAGAUUGAACAAGAAGAAACACUUUCUGCGCCCUCUCCUUCACCUUCCCCUUCAUCAAAGUCUUCUGGAAAAAAGAGUACGGGGAACUUACUGGAUGAUGCCGUGAAGCGAAUUUCUGAAGAUCCUCCUUGCAAAUGCCCAAACAAAUUCUGUGUGGAGAGGCUCUCUCAAGGAAGAUACCGAGUGGGUGAAAAGAUCCUCUUCAUUAGGAUGCUGCACAACAAACAUGUCAUGGUCCGUGUGGGAGGAGGAUGGGAAACUUUUGCAGGGUAUUUGUUGAAACAUGACCCCUGCCGGAUGCUGCAGAUCUCCCGUGUCGAUGGCAAAACAUCCCCCAUCCAGAGCAAAUCUCCAACCCUUAAGGACAUGAAUCCAGAUAAUUACCUGGUGGUCUCUGCCAAUUAUAAGGCUAAGAAGGAGAUUAAAUGAAACUAGUUGGUCGCUAUAAGGGGACUCUCAUAAUGGCCUGUACCCACUUCUCCAGUGUAGUCAGUUUAGUCCACACGCUCUGAAAAUUACUUUGAAAAAAGGAGUAACAGACAGAAAAAUGUCAUUACUAUUGAAAAAUGUUCAGAGAGUAGCACUAUUUAUUUUGUUGCUUCUGUAGAAAACAACCAAUUAAAUUCUAAACUCAGAUUUAAAUUAGAAAAAAUGUAGGCGAAUUAUUAUUUUUCAGUAUGUGAACACAGUAUUUAGUACAUGUUAGAAAUACAAUCCUAGCUAGAGAUAAAAAACUGCUCUUAGAAGAAAAUAUUUAGGAUUUCUAGAUCAGUCAACAGGAAGUGCCUGCCUUAUGUCUACAAAAAGCACCCCAGACACUUUUAUAAUUGCAGGAUUUUUAAGCUAAUUUUUAAAAAGGUGACAAUUAGUGUGAUAUUAUGUACUAAAAAAUCUUCAAACGCACCAUAAAUAAGUGCAGAGCAUUCACAACAGUAAUACUUUAUUGGAAAGGUCACUUCAGAAAAGUUUACAUUCGCUUGGAAGAUUGCCUUAAAGUUUAUUCCUUAUCUAUGACCAAAUAUCUGGGGUACUUUUGGAAGUUUUCAGUACACCCUUUAGAGAAUCGCUUAUGAAGUAUUUCAUACAUUCCUAAGUACAUGGUGGUGAGACUGACUUAGUGUAAUUCACACACAUAAGCUGACAUACGUUUAUAUUUUGACACUAAAUUGUACAGUCAAGUGUUCAUUGACUUCAUGUUAUUUUAAAGCAUUUUCUUAUGAAAAUAUAUCUUUAGUUAAUCCUACUUUGCUAUGCUGUCUAGUAAAGUAAAUACACUGUAGCUGAUGUUGUUACAGACUUAUGUAUACCCUUGUAUACCUAGGACAGGGCUGUUUUGUACCCAUAAGCAGCAAACUAUUGUCCUCACUGAUUCAAUAAUUAAAAAGAUAAAUUAAAAAAAAUUAUCUGUCUCUAUAUCGAUGCUUCAUUCUGAAAUAAAGAUUAUCUUCAAGUGGCGACUUUCCCUGAGAGUUCUAGGAAGGGUCAAAUUAGGGUUAGCUAGUGCUUCUUCACUUUGGGCAGCUGGGUGGUGGCAUUGUUUGUUCCCCUCAGCAGAUAACCUAGAUAUUAUCAUAGGUAAUCCCUUAAGUGCUAUCCUGAGUAUCUUAAGUAUAGGCAGAAUUAAUUUGUCAUUUCCUCAUUUUUCAACAACAACAAAAAAUCCACCUUUCCUGCUCCAGAA